AUUUGCUGGCUGCGACCGUGGAUCCAUCAGCAUCUCUUGAAAAUGGCCCAGAAGCUCAGCAGCGCAUGCACGCGGGCGCAGCGGUGCCUUGGCAUCACGGCCUCGACCGACGGCAAGUCGCUCUACGAGGCGCACGGCGACGCCAUUGUCGCGCGCAGCGCCAAGACGGGCGAGAUCGUCCAGUACCUGCGCAUGCCAGCGCCGGAAGGGCCGCCCGAGCCGCUCUCGGACUUGGAGGUAUUGCGCCGCCGCAUGCGCGACACGCACCUCAAGGCGCACUUUGAGCGCCUCUACAAGAACCCAAGCGCCGACAAGCCGGACGCGACCCGCAAAGCGCAGUGGGUCUCGCGCCAAGUGGCGAAAUACGCGAUUCCGACCGACGUCCGGAACCACGUGAGUGCCUUUGCGUUGCACCCGACGACGCCGAGCCAGAUGUGGGUCGCGACCGGCGACUGCCACUUGCGCCUCUGGGACCUCGCGACCGGUCAGAUCCUCGCGGACCACAAGCUCAAGGACCCGAUCGUGUGGAUUGCCGCCAUCUCGCCCGAGCUCUUGGCGAUCACGCUCAACACGACGGUCCGGUCCGACCAAGCGGGCGCGUCGCAAAUGUGCCGCGAAAAGAAGAUCAAGGCGCACGCAGAGCACAAGGGCGAGGCGCCGACGUCCAAGAAGGACUGGUCGGCGGCGUGGACGGUCAACCUCCACCCGCUCGAGGCGACGCACUGGAACAUCCAGCUCUUCGACACGGUCAACGGCUACUACGAACGCAAGGUCAUGUCGGGGCAAAACAAGCCGUUUGUCGGCGCAGCGUACCAGCCGUCGUCGGUCCCCGGGAUGGUCGGGUCGAUCGCCGCCGUCGGCGGCAAGGAGCUCCAGUACAGCCGCAUCUACAGCCGCCCGGCCGGCGACGACGCCUCGCGCGACAUCCAGACGCGCAGCCUGCGCUAUAACCGCUACAUGACGAGUGUUGCGCUCCACCCGACGCGCGACGAGGUCGUCACCGGCGACGUCAACGGUCAGAUCCAGGUGUGGCGCUCCCUCACCGAGCACAUGGUGCCCGAGCCGACCAAGCUCCAUUGGCACUCGCACCCGGUGGGGUCGGUCGCGUACUCGACCGACGGCAACUACGUCGCGUCCGGCGGCGAAGAGUUUGUGUUUGUGCUCUGGCACCUCGAAAGCGGGAAGCGCACGACGAUCCCGCGCUUCCCCGCGUCGAUCUCGUCGAUCGUGACGCGCGCCGACGGCGCCGGCUACUACGUCGCGACUGUCGACAACUCGAUCAUCUACUACAAGCACGUGGCCGACGUGCGUGCGUGGCACGUCGGUGGCCUCGCGCGCGUCGGCCUCCCGAGCAAGAAGACGCUCAUCAACGGCCGCCUCGCGCUCGAGCCGUGGUCGCAGACGCUCGCCCUUCAGGGCGCGUCGCUCGUCGGCAACGUCCAGCUCUACGAGCCGCUCCAAGACCGUGUGCUCCGCACUGUGCCGCUCACCGAGCGCAACCAAGUGUCGGCGACGUUCAACGAAGUGCCGACGCGGACAUUUGCGACUCACAUUGGCUUCUCGAAUGCGACGCGCACGAUGGCGACCGUCGCGCGCACGCAGGACGAGUCGGUGCUGCGGUUCUGGACGCGAAAGACAGACGGGUCCUUCGUGGUCAACACGGACGUCGACCAGCCGCACGGCUUGGGCCGCGUCAUCACGGCCAUCGGUGUGCACAACACUCGCAUCGCGACGGGCGACGACCACGGCGAGGUCCGCGUCUGGGCGCUCAACGACGGCGUCUGGUCCUGCGCGAGCAUGUCGCAGUUCCGCAAGGUGCCGGUCGGCGCGAUCGCCUUCUCGGACGACGGGUCGCUGCUUGCGAUCGCGUACGGCCCGCUUCUCACGCUGUGGGACCCCAUCACGAACGCGCUUCGGUCCGUGCUCUCGUACCCCAAGGAAGCGGUCGCUGACAUUGCGUUUGCCGGUCCGUCGUCGCCGCUUCUCGUGGCGCGGACGUCGGUCGGCGUCUACGUCUGGUCGCUCCUCACGUGCUCGAUCGUGUGGUUUUAUGCGAUCCCGUUCACGUGCAUGAGCCUCACCAAGACGUCCAACUCGAGCCAGCUCCUCCUCGGCGUCAACACGGGCUCCAAGGACAAGGCCGUCGGACACCUCUUUGUGUUUGACACGGCGUCGUCGAUCCCGACCGCCAUCUACCGCGUGCCCGGCGUCGUCAUCACCGACGCGCUGUUUUACAAGCAGCACUUGCUCGUCAUGGACGCCUACUCGACCGUGCAUGCGGUCGGCGACGCGAUGCUCGUGGCCUCGCUGCCCGCGACGAUGGAGGAAGAGUCCAACUCGAUUCUCCAGCAAAUGUACGGCGCGUGGACGGUUCCGGAGGCGUCGACGUCGUCGCGUUUGAACAAGGAGGACGCGAGCAAGGCCGGGAAUGGCGGCAUGUUUGCCGCGCCGUCGCACGUGCUGCCGCCGCUCCGGUCGCUCUACCGGUCGUUCUUGGACACGGUGCUGACGAAAGCCAAGGAACGCGCGGCCAAGUCGGUGCCGACGACGGCGCCGUUGAAGCGCACGACGACGGACGAGACACCGGUGGCGUCGACCAAGAAGGCCAAGGUCGACGACGAAGCCCCCGAAGCCACGUACGCGGCGCUGAAGAAGGUGUUUUCGCAAAAGUAGAAAGGCUGGGUAUUAAUAAUAGAAGAAAAUCUGUUUAUUUCAUAAACUCUGCCAGACAAAAAU